AUGUUUCGUCGUGGUCGAAGUACUGAUAGGAACGAGGAAGAAGAACAAAGUAACAGACUCAGCCACCUCCUAUUGUUCUUAAUUCUAUGUAUAACGUUUCUGUUAUACUUUGGAUACAGCGAUCUACCGUCGAAACAGGAACAGCCAGUGAUUAACAAAAUUCGCGCUAGCACGGAUGAAUCAACGAUAUAUUAUCACAAUAAAAUAUACUUGCAUUCUUCCUUCACAGUACCACAAGUAUCACUCAGACUUCUAAACGAAAUUAACAUCCGAGUGGAAUCGUCCACAGCACAAAAUGUAUUCCAAGACCACGUCCUAUCGUGGAAGUACAUGGAAAACUCAACAAUACAUUUUAAAACAUUUGAAAAUACAUAUGGAUUGAUAUCAAUUUCAGCACAUAGAGACUCAUCAGUGCCAAAUGAAUCCACAGGAAAGUUUAUCUACUUCGGAUUAGUCAGAGCCAAUCGCAAUAUUUGUGAAACAAAUUCAUCAAAUUCAUGGACUUGCCAGAAGGACCAUGACCAGUUUAACAACUCAUAUGACUCUAAAUACUGCUUGCUUGUCCUUAAGUCUAACAGGAUUAAUGAUAUAUUGCAAUUCACACAUGACUUUCUCACAGACUACACAUUACAUAAAUCAGAUAUGACUGUGGGAAUGUUCUGUGGAAACCCGCUGAUUUCAAGGACGGCUAACUCGGAAAACGAACUCUAUUUCAUAAAUUUUAAUACAGAAAGUGAUUAUAAGGUGGCGCCAUUCUUCAUUUGUAAAUUCUCAACAGUGUUGAUGGAUGUAAACGAGUGCUUCAAUACUGAAGUUACCUCAGCUAAUUUGAGCCUACCACUGUCACUGAUCCAUGACCCGACUACAGACGUUCUAGUGACGGCAAACUAUAACCCUGACAAUAAGAACCUAAAUCUCAUCACGUUUAACUCUAACAGAUUGUCUUUUAAGGCGGCAUAUAGGUCAAUACCGGCACCAAGUGUGUUGGGAAAAGCUCCAAAGGGCGGGUGUUCUUCGCAGGUACGGAUAAAUAUCGAAAUAAGUUAUAUAAUAGGUGAUGCGGCGCCUUAUGAAAUACUGGGAAUUUACGACGUUGGAAAAUCGACGCACCAAUAUCAUAAUCUGUACAUGUAA